AUGGCGUCGCAAGCACUUCUCUUCGUACUUGGUCUUGCAGCUGCUGGACAGGCCGCCCGUCUGCCUGAGAGCUUUAAGGAUGUUUUCUUUGGCUGUCAGGGCGAUGAGACGGCACCAGAACAGCUGCAUUUCAACUAUGCGGGUGACAGUGGCAUGACGAUCAGCUGGAAUACAGCGACGAAACUUCAAUUCCCCACUGUCCGAUAUGGACAAGGCUCGCGGCUCGAUCAAAUUGCCUUCUCACAGGUGUCGGUCACGUAUCCCACGUCGUCCACAUAUAGCAACCAUGUGUUUAUCGACAAUCUCGCGCCGGACACAGAAUACAGUUUUGCUGUGCACUGUGCUGAUGAAAAUGACCGUCAUCAAUUCAAGACGAGCCUGCCGGCGGGAAACCCUCGCCCAUACGCUUUUGCCUUUUUCGGCGACCUGGGAACCAUCGGUCCUUUGGGUUUGACCGAUAACAAACAGAAGGACGCUCUUAGCCCUAAUGAAAUCACUACGAUGCAGUCUUUGAACCAGUUCAAGGACCAAUUUGAGUUUAUGUGGCACGACGGUGAUCUCGCUUACGCCGAUGAUUGGCUCAAGGAGGAGAUUGAUGGCUUCUUGCCUAAUACCACAAUUAAGGGCGGAGCUGCAGUAUAUGAGGCCAUCUUGAACGCGUUCUACAAUGAGAUGGCAGGAAAUGUUACCAUGGAUCGCCCGUACAUGGUUGGCCCAGGCAACCACGAGGCAAACUGUGAUAACGGAGGCACCGGUUCCUACACUGAGAGCAUCUGCAUGCAGGGCCAAACCAACUUUACCGGCUUCCGAAAUCACUUCCGCAUGCCCUCUGAGCAGUCCGGAGGCCUCGAAAACUUUUGGUACUCCUGGGACUAUGGUAUGGUACAUUUCGUUCAGUUCAACACCGAGACCGAUUUUCCUGAUGCCCCAGACCUUCCUGGCGGAAGUGCCGCGGAGAAUGCUGGCCCCUUCGCGCCUAACGGCACGCAACUUGAGUGGCUGAAGAAAGACCUUGCUUCCGUUGACCGCAAGAAGACACCUUGGAUCAUUGUCGCCGGCCAUCGCCCUUGGUAUGUUGACGAUAGGAAGUGCGACUCGUGCCAGGCGGCUUUUGAGCCAAUUUUGCUGGAGUAUAAUGUUGAUAUUGCUCUUUUUGGUCACAAACACUUUUAUGAACGAUUGGCGCCUAUCGACAAUGGGGUCCCUGAUCCAAAAGGUCUGGAUAAUCCUUCCGCUCCGUGGUAUCUUGUAAAUGGUGCUGCUGGUCACUUCGAAGGCUUGUCGUCCCCGAAUACUCCGUUGGAGAACUAUACAGUCAAGGUAAUUGACAAAGUUUAUGGAUGGAGUCGCUUUACUGUUCACAACUGUACCCAUAUCACACAGGACUUUAUUGGUGAGUCUUCUCAAGCAUCCCAUGUAUCGGAUUCAAGCUCUAUUCCUAACCUGGCUCUUUGGAUCACAUUAGCCAGCGCCAAUGGCACUGUUCUAGACACGGCCACGCUUUAUAAGGAUCACUCUGGAUCCGCAAUGAGAUAA